UUCACAACCAUGCUGGACGUACCUAACCACCCGCUUCAACCUCUGAGUAUCGACACCAACAUCACUUAUGCCUUGGAUUUGUCCAAGUUCCCAGGUCUGGAUGACCCACAACAUAUGUACCAGCCUGCUCUGUUGAUAGCCACUGACUGGAGCGACUACGUCUACCAUGACGCACAUUGUGUCAAAUAUGACGCAGAGGAUUCAGCAACUUCGGACAACUUAGACGAUUUAUUUGUAGACGACUUACAUUUCUUAAUUGAAUCAAGCGAGGCGUUCUUCACAGAUGUCAGCAGCAGCAACAUCAUUGACGAUCAAACUUUCCAGACUCUUUUGGAUGACGUCAUUGCAGACAGAGACGUCAUCGCGGCCAUUGACAUCGAUCCUGGCACUCUAAGCAACAUAACGGAACCUCUAGAAAACAUCUGGGAUUGCCUUGAUGAUGAAGUUCUUUUCCACACAGACAAAACAGAGCAGCACACAUGUCACGACGCAGUAUUUGUCUCAAAAGAACAAUUACCUCCCUUUGUGUCAUGUAUCAGGGGACAAAAACGACGCCGAAAUGACGAGAGCGAAAACGAGGUUGCCAACAAGAAAUCGAAAAAGGCGGAUAUAUCGUCUCUGCAUAUUCCAACAAUAGUUUCAGUUUGUUCAAGGUCAAAUGGGUGUGAACUCCAGAGGCAAUCAUAGUAGAGAAUUUCUUAAAUAUCUUAUUUUGUGCCCAAUCAAUCUCAGUGCUUUGACAUUUUGUUGACUUCGAAUUACUUGGAAAACUCCAUAUAGUGCAUUUGUACCAAGUGACCUAUAGUUCUAUUUGUAUUAUACAUGUGUAUGAAACACUAUUAUUAUAUACAAACAUUCAAUGACCAUUACACUAUUUUGCGCACUUAGUGCCAUUUUAUAUUGAUAUUAUUUACAUCUGUUAUUUAUCUACAAUGUUCU